UUUUGAAGAAACAUUAUCUAUGACCAGCGGAAGUAAUUUACAUCACACGCUCGUCGACAAAAAAAAUAAUAAUUUUGAGUCACACAUUUUCAUCGUGCUUUUGAAUUUGAAUGCUGUGGUAUUUUGAUAUUCCUCAAAUGUAGAAAUUGCCUGUCCGUUUGACGACGAGGAAAGACAACAAAAAGUCUUCAGCGAUGGCUGCAACAGUUGAUUUCAGGACCCACGUUGACGCGUCAUGCAGGUAUUCAGAGGAGUUCACCAACAUAUAUUAUGACUGCAUGGACAAGAAAAGAAGGAACUUGAUGCGGCUCUACCUGGACAAAGCGACCCUGGUUUGGAACGGGAAUGCUGUGUCAGGGCAGGCUGCCCUUGGAGACUUCUUUGAGUCACUUCCCUCCAGCGAGUUCAGUAUCCAGACUCUGGACUGUCAGCCAGUACAUGAGCAGGCAACCCAGGGCCAGACCACGCUGCUGGUGGUGACGGCAGGACAGGUGAAGUUUGACGGUCAGAAGCAGCGCUACUUCAAUCAGAACUUCCUCCUCACAGCCCAGGCCUCACCCACCAGUGACCAGCCUGUCUGGAAGAUCGCCAGUGACUGUUUCCGCUUCCAGGACUGGAGUAGCUGAGGGCUGCUUUCAGGGUCAUUAAUUUGGGCUCACAGUAGCAAAACAAAUUGCAACAGGGUACAAUGACAACCCUGCUUUAAGAUUUCUUUAAAAGUAUACCAGUUAUGUACUGUUUUAUAGUUGGUAAAUCUGCUACAGCCCACUUUCUUCAAAGUUACUGUGUGUGUUAAUAAAUGUACUUUUAUUACAAAAGACAAGGCAAAGUAGUCCAAUACAAAACAUUUUUAUUCAAUGUCCUUUAAAGCAUGUGAUCCCCAGAACUGAAGUAACCAUUUUUCACACAGUAGUUGGAGAAAGAAAUGGACUCUUAAAUGUUAGACAUUUGUUAUAACAAGGAUACUAAUAUUUUCAUAACAUUGCUUUGAGUAUUCAGGUAAAAACAGAAAGCCCAUGCAGUCUAUCCUCCUAGCCAAGUAUCAAAUUUCCUGAGUGACGUUUGGUGCAACAAAAGCAAAAUAAUACAAAAUUGAAUAAACCGAAUUGUUAGUCAAUGCUUAUUUUAGUCUUAGCCAUCCAUUGCUUUAGAAAAGCCAAGGUAUAUUUUAACAUACUUCUAAAUAAAUAACCAAAUUUAACAGACGCAGGGAAAGGCACAGUAAAUGUCGAUACUGCUAUCUUACCAUUAGAGGGCAGCAGAACUCAACUACAUAACAUGAGGAAUCAAGUAUUUACAGAACACACUGCGAGAAAUACAGACAUUCAAAAAUACAUCCGUUACAAAACGGGUAGAGAGUUUAGGCUGGAAUGGCAGGUAAGCGUUGACUGGAAUGUUUCCCUUUCCUCAAUGCUCCAUUUGUUUGUUGGUGAAAGUAGGACUUUUCUAUAAACAUACAUUUCUAUAAAUGCUGGAUCAGCUUCAAGUUUGAUUUCCAAAUAAAUAAUUUACCAUCUACAGUUCA